GCCAUGAUGGAGGAACACCAGCCUCUUAUAUCACAAGAAAAUCACAGUAAGCAUUCUGAGGGUAUCUUCAUGUUAUCACAAAAUUAUAAAGUCAAAGAUGAAGAUAUCGUGAACCAGACUUCAGGAGAAAAUGUAAUUACCCUUAAUCCACAUAAUCACAAGGGACCUUCACCUAACCUACCACAGAUUGUUACCACCGGUACAGGUCAGAAGGGGAGUAAAAAGUUUCAGUGUGUUAACGAGUCCACAAGAAGAUUAGGUCUUUCUACACAUGGAAGUCGCACAGAGGAGAAGCUACCAUACUCAUGUUCUGAAUGUGGGAAGUGCUUUAUAAAUAAAUCAAAUCUAGUUAAACAUGAGAGAUGUCACACAGGAGAGAAGCCGUAUUUAUGUUCAGAAUGUGGAAAGUGUUUUACACAGAAAACACAUCUUGUUGUACAUCAGAUAAUCCACACAGGGAAGAAACCAUAUUCAUGUUCAGAAUGUGGGAGAUGCUUUACAAAAAAAUUCAAUCUUGAUUGCCAUGAGAAAAGUCACACAGGAGAAAAGCCAUAUUCAUGUUCUGAAUGUGGGAAAUGUUUUACGUGGAAGUCAUAUCUUGUUAAACAUGAGAGAAAUCACACAGGAGAGAAGCCGUAUUCAUGUUCUAAAUGUGGGAAAUGUUUUACAGAUAAAUCAAAUUUUGUUAGACAUGAGAAAAGUCACACAGGAGAGAAGCCAUGUUCGUGUUCAAAAUGUGGGAAGUCCUUUGCAGAUAAAUCAAAUCUUGCGGCACAUGAGAGAAGUCAUACAGGAGAAAAGCCGUAUUCAUGUUCAGAAUGUGGGAAAUGUUUUACCCAGAAAACAAGUCUUGUUAGACAUGACAGAAUUCACACAGCAAAGAAACCAUAUUCUUGUUUAGAAUGUGGGAAAUGUUUUACAAAACAAUUUAGUCUUGUUUGCCAUGCGAAAAGUCAUACAGGAGAGAAGCCAUAUUCAUGUUCAUUAUGUGGGAAAUAUUUUCCAUGGAAAUCAGAUCUUGUUAAACAUGAGAGAAGCCACACAGGAGAGAAGCCAUAUCCAUGUUCAGAGUGUGGUAAAUGUUUUACACAGAAAUCAAAUCUUGUUAUACAUCAGAGAAGUCACACAGGGGAGAAGCCAUAUUCAUGUUCAGAAUGUGGGAAAUGUUUUACAAAAAAAUAUAAUCUUGUUUGCCAUGAGAAAAGUCAUACAGGAGAGAAACCAUAGUCAUGUUCAGAAUGUGGGAAAGGUUUUACAGAUAAUUCAUAAUUUGUUAGACAUGAGAGAAGUCACACAGGGGAGAAGUCGUAUUCAUAUUCAGAAUGUGUGAAAUGGUUACACAAAAUGUAUCUGGUUUGCCAUGAGAGGUCAUACAGGAGAGAAACUAUAGUCAUGUUCAGAUGUGGGAAAGGUUUUACAGAUAAAUUAUAUCUUGUUACACAUGAGAGAAGUCAUGUGAAAAAAGCCAUUUUUGUGCUCAAAGUGAGAAAUAUUUUAUAACUAAAGCUAAAGCAUCAGAGAAACCACACAGGAGAGAAGCAGUUUUGAUGUUCUAUACAUGGAAAAUGUUUUGUAAGAAAAUAAAAUUCUACAACUCACCAGAUCAGAAGGAACUACACUGAAUUAUUUUUUGAAAUGUGGGAAAUGUAAGAGUAAAAAAUUAUUUUAUCCCCAGUUAUUCAAUUCAGGAAUUAAAGUGUAACUGCCAUUUUAUUACCAUAAAUUAAAUUCCUAACAUAUCUGAUGCUGAAGGGAAGAUAUUCAUGGAGCUUUAUUUUUCAGUUAUUUUUACCUUUCUGAUGUCUGUAUUCAGCCCUUAGCAACCCUAUUUCUCUGUGCCUCUAUUUCAGCAUCUUCCUAAGUUCCUCUACUGCACUUCCUGUGUUGAUCUUUGCCAUGUUCUUGAGGCCAUCCUGUAUUUCCCUCUCUUCCCAUAACCCCUUGCUCUCAUCACAUUUAACUAGCAGGACCAAUCA